CUGAAAGAAGUUCUCAAGCAUGAUGACGUCUUUAUCGAACCACUGGAACGUGUCAUUUGUCACGGACAUUUAUCAGCGGAAAACUGUCAUUUCAAGGAAACCACCGAACACACUAGCACCGGAAGACGUCAUCAAACCGAACUAGUUGAUAUCAGUGAGUGGGAGAAUGUGCACUUCGGCGACGUUGCUCUCGACCUUUCCAAUCUCAUCAUUUCUUCAGCUGAACCGAGCGUAAGGAGGAAUAAGUACAUGACGAUCUUCCGCCGUUACUACUAUUCCCGUGUGGAUUAUCGACCGACGGAUUUCCGCCUUGCGGAUCUUAAGAGACUUUUCCGUAAGCAUCACAAGCAUGCUGUUAUAGCAGGAAUCGAGCCUCUUCUGGAGAUCCUAACAUCCUCUAUGGAUGAUGAAGAGAAACGAGCUCAUUCAUACAGAUGGGAAAGCGCUUUGGAGGACGCAUACGACUUCACUUCCGUCGACUACAUUAGUGAUGAUGAACAUUGCCUUUUUGCAAAAUGA